CUUUUGGCUGCCGGACCGAGACCGCCCGGAACACUUUCGCCGACGGACAUAGAGGUUGUUUGAAGGCCGAGGCCAAGAUGGCGGCGCUAGCGGCAGCUCCCAGUCUGCUCCGCCCGAUUCUUGCACUGCGCUCCGGCCUGGGUACCGCCCUGCAGACACGAGGUGUACACCAGAGCACAGCCACCGACAGCCCGAGCAGCACCUCACCUGCUGGAGCUGUGGUCCCCAAACAUGCUGCACUGCCCAGUAGCCGAGCUGAGUAUGUGGUGACUAAGCUGGAUGAUCUCGUGAACUGGGCGCGCCGGAGCUCCAUGUGGCCAAUGACCUUCGGCCUGGCCUGCUGCGCCGUGGAGAUGAUGCACAUGGCAGCGCCACGCUACGACAUGGACCGCUUCGGUGUCGUCUUUCGAGCCAGCCCACGCCAGUCCGAUGUGAUGAUUGUGGCCGGGACGCUGACCAACAAGAUGGCCCCGGCCCUGCGCAAGGUCUAUGACCAGAUGCCAGAGCCCCGCUACGUGGUGUCCAUGGGCAGUUGCGCCAACGGUGGGGGCUACUACCAUUACUCCUACUCUGUGGUGCGGGGCUGUGACCGCAUUGUGCCUGUGGACAUCUAUGUGCCAGGCUGCCCGCCCACCGCCGAGGCCCUGCUCUACGGGAUCCUGCAGCUACAGAGGAAAAUCAAGCGUGAGAAGAGACUCAAGAUCUGGUACCGCAGGUAGCCCCCGGCGCCUGCCAAAAAAAUUGCAAAUAAACUGGGACGCCCGCCUGGGGCUGUGUGGAA